ACAGGAUCUAUAUGUGGGGGGAAUUGCUUGAUAGACCCUUGGGCACUGGGGCUCUUCUCCGCGGCCCCUCUGGGAGCAGUCUCCUUCCCCCACCCCCACCCCUUUGCAGGACCUCUUUGUCAGCUGUUGCUACACACUCCAGUGACACUAUUGAGGACAUGUGCAGUCUACUUGCCUUUCUUUUUGUGGUGCCUGCACCUCCUUUGGGUGGGGGGAAGAACGUGCACCAGCCGGUGUGAAUCUUUGAGCGUACCCAUCCAACAAACGUUCCUCUUUUCUACCCAUCUCCUUUCGUUUCUUUAUGUUGCCCAGUUGUAUGCCGGACACCUCCUGUACCCCCAAAAGCAUCCAAUCUAACUUCAGAUGUUAGCACAAGAAGGGAACAAUAAAACAAUUAGAAGUAGAUGAACAUUAUCUCAGAGGGAGGAGAUUUCCCUUAAGAAAGAAGGACGACUGCAUCUUCUAACAGCUUUACAGCGUCUGCAUGUUGUGGCUGUUGCUUUUACAAAAAAACAUAAACAUGUUCUUAAUGACAGAGCUGUGAUUACAAGAGAACAACAAGACUGAUCGUAUUUUUUUGGAAGCUCAGAAUACAGUACUGACUAUGCGCAGACAAUCUAGACAAAUUAUAAAUACUGUUGCUGAUGUCAAAGAAAAUGGGAAAGGAAUUAUUGAAGAAGACGGAGAUAUUUCUUCUAUGCCUGUUCCAAAAGACAAGAUUGUCAGAAUGGAUGAAUCAAAAAGCACAAAGGUUUCAGAAAUGGAAAAUUUAAAUGGCAGGAACCCCACAAAUGUGCAGAAACCCAGAGUGAAAUGCAACAAAUACGUAGGGAGAAAAUUAUAUCAGAAGAGUAGGGAUGAUAGUAAACUGGCAGUUUAUGAAAGCCUUUCUGUUAAACAAAAAGGAAACUUACCUGAACCUUCCUUGUCCUUUUUGACAUCAGACAAACUGCAAAGUCCUUUUUCAGAAGGCAGACCUACAUUUUUGGGUGAGGCAAGCUAUCUGACACCAAACAAAGGUGAAGCAGAUGUAAAACCUAAUUGUGGAACAUCGGAGAAAUUAAUGAGGAAACCUAUUGAUUUUGCUCAUGUAACAAUAGCUGAAUUUGGGAUUACUCCAGAGUCUUUUACUGCUAAGCCAUCUGUAGGGAAAUCCCUGGCUUUAAAACUUAGGCGCAGAUCUACGAUUGGAGUACGGGGUUCCCCUGAAAAUAAUAGCCUUAUUCGAUACCUUGCCCAACAAAGGAGGAACAGAACCAAAGACCCUUUCACAAAGGCCAGCCCUUUUAAACAUCAAAAUGUUGGCUCGUUAAAGGAUAGAAUAUCUGCCUUCCAGUCCUCUUUUCAAUCCGCGCAAGAGGACGACGACAGGGCUUGCUUUCCUGGGCUCUCGCAGGAGGAGUGUGUGUCCCGGGCAGCAGGCUAUUCUGUCAACGAACCACCUUUUACAAAACAGCAUGAACAGUCUCACAUGAGUGAUGAGUUAACAUCUGAAUGCAAGAGUGUUGCUUAUGAGGAAAACUUGAAAGAAAAAUUAACUAAUGGUGAUAAAACUGCAGCCAGUAUCCAGGUAUGCAAGAUUGUCUCUCCACCAGAGGAGGUGCCCAUCAUUGAAACUACUACUGCUAUAAUUUCAGAGGAAAUUCCCUGUACGCCACCACUUACUGAAUCUGGAAGCUUAUCUUUAGAGAUUAUUCCACUAACGGGCAUCCCAAAGACACCACGCAACUUGACUUCUGAGUGUAUCAGUGAAGACGUUGGAAGUAAUACUAGAUCACAGCUAAGCAGAAAGAAAGUUACCUUUGCAGAAGAACUAAGCUUGGAGAUAUUUGAUGAAACCAUGCCACCUGUUAUGACACCGCAAAAGGGAAACCCUCCAUCCAGUGAACAAUCCCAUAACGGCUCUUCCUGCCUUCGAUCUGUUCUGAAGAAAACACCAGUAAAACUACUGAUGGAAAGCGUGAAGGAACACACAAGCAAUACUACUGGCAUGGAAGGAAACGAACCUCUCGUAUUCUCUGAUCUCUCAAGAAGUUUUGAAGAACUGCAAACAGAUACAAGCAAUACUAAAACAAUAGACAAAACAGAUGUGUACAGCUCUGAAAAGCCAAUGAAGAGAAAGAAAGUUACUUUUGGAGAGGAUCUAAGCCCAGAAGUAUUUGAUAAAACCUUGCCUGCAAAUACACCAUUGCGUAAAGGAGCGACCCCAAUCAGUAACCCAGGAUCACAAAGCGAUAGCCCUUCCAAAGUAAUAAGUCCUAUGAGAGAAUCUUUAUCCCAGCCAAACUUUGAUGACUGUGAUGGUGAUGAUGAAUAUGCUAAGCCUCUUGAAGAGUCUGUCGCGGUCCCGGAGAAUAUGAAAGACAUUAAUUCCUUUGAUAACAAAACGUCUUGUCCCAGAAUAACCCGGUCCUCUACUAAAAGAAAGCAUAUCAACAUUUCAGAAGAGACUGGUGUUAGCAUCUUGACCAAAAAUGCUCAAGAUAUUAAGAAGCUAAGAAAGAGCAAGGUUCAAAGAGGAAAGGAAAACAAAUCUGCCCCCAAAAGGACACCAAAGGCAAAACUUAGAGGUUAUGGAGGAAAAAGAGGAAAGAAAAAGGUAGAAAAAUCCUUGUAUGGUCAGAGAGAAGUAGCUUCCAAGAAACCUCUUUUGAGCCCAAUUCCUGAGAUCCCAGAGGUCUUCUCUUCUGCACCAUCUUCUCCGAACUCACCUCGGACCCACGUUUUGCUCUUCUCAGAUUAUUCCAAAUCCACCAAUGCCCACAGAGGAUCUAUGAAUGAAGUCGUUGAACAGAAAAAAGUGGUUGGAAGAAACCAAAGGAAAGUGCCUAUAACUAGCAAAUGUCCAAACACUGGAGACCUUGACAUUGUAGAAGCCGGCAGCACCGGUGGCAUCGAGUGUCAGUCAUCAGACAUUGGCCCUGAUCCUGCUUCAACCAUUAAUAUUGAGGUGCUUAAUAUACAAGAAAGCAUUCAGACAGAAAAUGAGCUGGGAUCACCCUUAAUGUCGCUAGAACAGAAAGAGAGUGAUGUUUGUGUGAAUAAUCAGACCGAUGAAGAAGAUAGCAAUGAUAAGACCACCUGUGAGCAGUCUGAGUCCAGUCUUAUGACAGAACACACUUCACCUGUCAUUGUAAAAUCAAAUUCUCUUUUGCCACGACUAAACACAGUUAUGCAAGAAAUUAAGAGCACGUCCCCAUUUGAUACAUCUGACAAUAAAGACCGUGAAAAAGAGAGAGCUGUCUUAAUAGAAAAUGAACGUUUGCCGGAAAGUGAUCAUCCUUCAGAUAACUCCGAGAUGCUAAAGGAGCUAGAGUUCUUCAACCUGCAGGACAUCGGUGUAAGUGAAAAUACUCAAACUGGAUGUUCUAUUACAGACUUUGCAAGAGAACGAACAGCUGACAGUGACGCCAAUGUUAAAGGGUUCAAAAGGCCUUCAAGAAAAGGCAGGAGAAGCACUAUCUACUUUUCUGAACUUGAGAAUCUCCAUUUUGAAGCACUUGGAAACAAACUCUCUGGUUCCUUUACUAAUAAGCAAGAAUCCCGAAUAGAAAAUGACUCAGAAAUGUUUAGUGAUCUACAUUACUCUAUAGAGCAGUCCUUCUUGAAGGCGAGUGAGAAUCCUGAAAAAAAGGUAAGACGCAGUAUGAGGCUGCAUAAAAAUGCAGAAAAUGAGGGACUUGCGUGGAUUAAAAUACCUACUGAGAUUCACAAGAACUCUUUGUCAGAUUCUGGUCGCAAAUCGAGGCGGACGAUGUAUGCAUCCAUCUUUAAAGAAUCUGAGAACAUUCAUCAAAGACCAGAAAAUUGGAUCCAAUUUUCAGCUUUGAGCAAAGAGAACAAUGAGCGUGUUCCUGUUGCAGGAGGCUCUUGCAAAACACGGAGGAGGAGCAUGUGUGCAUCCACUUCCCAGGAAACCAAAAAUAUAACUCAAACAGGGAAAAAGAGAAGGGCAAGCCAUGUGUACAAUGAUAAAAACUACCAAAAGGAGUCUGAAAUGCAAGUAUCCUUUGAGAACGAUCCUAAUGCCUAGGCAAAAUGGGCCAUCUCUUUUUAAAAAGAAAAAGGUCAGUAUGUUAAUGUGGAUUUUCUUUGGCUUCAGUUCAGUUAUCUGUAUUUAAAAGUAUCGCUUAGAAAUAGGGAAUGACUUAUUUCUCUGGUCACAAAGACAUUUGUAUAAAUAUUCAUUUUACUUGUUCAUUUGCCAAGUGAUUUGAAUUGUCCUUUGGCUUGAGAGUUUCAAAACGCUUGGUGAAACAACUGCGGAAAAGCAAGCUCAGCGUUGAGAGUACAGGUGUAUUAGUCAGCAAUGAUGGGCAAAGGGUGAAGCUUUAAUCUCUUGAUGCUAGGAAUCCGCACUUCCUAUUUCUAGCAGUCACAAAGCAAAGUGAUGAAAUAUUUAUUCUUAGAAGAAUACUGGGAUCUACAAGGAUUGAUUGAUUGAUUGAUUGAAGCAGUAGUAAAAGCUGUAACUGUCAAGAGAAUAAAUACACACUUCAGUAAUUUAUUGGAAGUAUAAGGGGCUUCAGUCAACUGAGGCCGAAGAACACACACUCCUUCCUGUGGAAAGGAUAGCCAUAGAAACUAGUGAAUUGUAUGCCAAGAUACAUUUUGUUCCAUUGCUGUGACAUUUACAGUCAAAGGAGAAUAGUGUUUUAUAGAAUAACCUGCUUGUCUUAGGUGCAAGAUUUCUUUAAGGAGCAAGACCCAGUUGCUUGGUCACAUUCUUUAGGAUUCUUUAUAUUUAGAUCUCUUUAUAUUUAGACCCACUUGGGGAAAAAAGAAUUACUCUAACUAAAAUACGUACUGUAUUAUGGAAGUCUGGGAUUUCAAAUGUUCAAAUCUGUUGCCCUGAUUUUUUUUUUUUUCUUUUUUUAUGAGGCAGGAGUUAUGGUGGAUUAUACUUAGCAUUGUGGAAAGCACAUAGCAGUAUGUGUUUUGCCCUGGAAACUUCGGAGUGGUUACUGGAUAAGAUACGGUUUAUGGGCAGACUCCAUAUGCAUACCCAACUCGCUAGGGUACAAUCAGUAAGCAAAGUCUCUCAUUCCUCCACUUGCAUAAAGAAAUGCCAGCAAGCCCACACGUGGUUCUCACCUCUUUUGGGAAAAGAGAAACACAGUUUAUGGAUCAAAAAAAGCAACUAAUAUUGACAGACAGUUUAGGGGAGUGGGAAAUAAUCCAUUCUUGAUGGUGUUGGUUCUUCUUGACAGAGCAGAAUUUAAAUCCUAAUUUGAUUGUAUUUUGAAGCCUAGCGUCACAGUCUGUAAAAAAUGAGUGUGUCUUUACUAAUUGACCUAUGAUGGCUUCGGGAAUACCCUUCCAAUGGUAAUUGUUUGAAGAGUUGAUAUUGCUCAUGUGCUGAAUCCUGCUUUAUAAAUUGAUUCUAUUAAAAAAAAAAAUUGCUUUUGAAAUCCAUGUAACUUUUUUCCAGAUUUCAAAAACAAGCUAACAAAUAGAGAUCCUGUACAACUAACAUAACCAUGAAGAAAGCUCCUGCUGGGGUGCAGACUUUUCCCAGGUUCUGCAGAGACUUUGCUUUACCAUCUUGACACCAACAGGUCUGGAGCGCCCACUGCUACGGACUUGUGUACUUUACAUUUGCACUAAUCAUAAAGAAAUCACAAUUUCUGCAGAAGGAUUGCUUGUUAAGUUUGUUUAAUCUUUACUGUAUACAAUACUUCAUGUUUUAAUGUUUAAGGCUAAACUGGCAAGAAAAGGAUAUGAACGUGUCCAGCAAAUGAAGUACAGUACUGCAUAAGUGCAUUGUGAAUGUUUUAAAUCUUCAGUGUAUAUGUACCCAAUACAGUACUCAGUAGUUGAUCUGCCAUCUUACUGUUCGCUUAUUUCUAGUUUGAGCUAUAGAACGUAAAAUGUUGAAUAUGGUCCGCUUUAUCCAGUCAGUAUUUUCAUAUUUCAUGCUAUUGUACUUCAACUGUAAGGUGAAAUAUGCCAGCUUUAAAACAGAUUCUUAAAGUUGAAAAAUCAUCUCUAUAUUGUAAAUCUGUUUGACCACUUUGAGCUGGAAUAAAAUUUCUUAUGUACUUUUGGUGAAGUUAGAAAGUCACAUUGAAACACUGUCUUAUCCUAUCUGCAGAGACCAACAGCCAGUCUUUCAGAAAACAAGAACUACUCAGGCAACUUUGCAAGAAACUUCAUCAAAAGAUAUCAUUUGUGUUGUACUGUUGAUUUCAGUGACAGUUCUUCAUCCGGACCCAUCCACUUUCUUUUACUGUUUCAUCGUCCCUUUUUUUCAAGUCUUCGUUAACUAAAUCUUUGCGCGUUUAUCUGCUUUUGCUGUCUUCCAAAUUUUUCUAACUUGAACUGGUUUCUGGAAGAUAGUAGAAUAUGCUGUCUCUAAUGUUAGCAAAAUUAAAUCUACCACAGUGAAAAUUUUAGACUUUGGUUUAGAAGAUAUGAGCAUAUUCAGUUAAAUUUUGUGUGGCAUAGCAAUAUCUUUGUUUUACCAGCAGAGGGCAGUGUGGCAUGAAUUUUGCACUGGGGUAGAUGUAGACAAACCGGACUUCUUUGUGAAAACUGUCAUGGAUUUAAAAAAAUCUUUAAACAGUUCCCAGACCACAAUACUGAAAUGUCAAAAUCACUUGUGUUGGUUCAAAACAAACUGGUAAUAGCAGCUAACUCUGGUACUCUUAUUUUAUACUUAAUUAAUUUUCUUGCCUGUUUCAUACCUUCUGGGAUGGGGUUGGGAGAAAUGGUUUAAAGGUUAAAAUAAAACUAAAUUAAUCUUAUGAUUGAUGGCAUAUACUGUAAUCAAUAUGAGAUAGUAAGCUCUGUGAAGAGCCCACACAUCACCUUGUCUUGCAAGACUGGGUGUUUCUAUUGGUCUUGACUAAAAUUUUACUUUUUCCUGGAAUAUAUUUUUCACUAGUUAUUUAAGACCGUUUGUUUUACAUGGUGUAUGUGUUCCACUGCAGAUCUCUUACAGGAAUAGGGUGAGCCUCUUUAGUCCAGUAUUAAAGAAUUUGUUCAGUUGCUGGGAACAUCCUAAUGACUGUAAAUAAGUCUGAAGACAGACUUUUCUUGUGUGACAGAUGUAUAUCCCUUUUUCUUAAAAAUAGGAUAUCUAAGUAUAAACAGAUUUUCUUUCCAGCAUAAUUACCGUAGUGACUGGGGGGACCUGGUUAAAACAAAUGUGUAAAUAGGGCCACAGUAUGUGGGGUUUUUUUUAUAUAUCCGUAUCCUUGAGUCCUGUGUAAGAUCAAAAGUCAUUUGUUGCCCGCUGUGUACAAAUCUUUUUUUUAAACAGAGAUGAUAUGCGGUA